UAAUGACGUAAACGGUUACGAACAGCACACGUAACACACAGUUGCGCAACUGCUUUUGGGUAACAUAUUCGGGUCUGUCCUGCACGUUGACAUUGGAACAGUAACCUGACAGGAGAACACUGAGCUGACUUCUACAGGGCAGUAUGGGAGCCUCCUCAUCCGCACCUGCUGCUCCUUCAGUCAGGGCAGAGGCCAUGAUGGCUGCCCCUCCUCAGGGUUGCCCCAUGCACCAAGAAUCAAAGCCUGCCAAAGUGUCUCCACCUUCCGAGUGUCCCAUGCAUCAAGCUCAGCCUGUAAAAGCGUCUCCUCCAUCAGAAUGUCCGAUGCAUCAAGCAACAGCAGGUCCAGCUCACCAAGAACGGGCCUAUGAGUUUGUGGAGUGUCCCAUGAGAGCUUCUGCGAGCGCGAAGAGUGACAUUGACCCAGCAAAUAUGAUGCCUCCUCCCAACCAAAGUCCAGCUCCUGACCAGCCCUUCAAGCUGUCCACCACCCGAGAGGAGUCCACCAUUCCCCGCCACAACGCAGACAAGAACUGGGUUUACCCGUCGGAGCAGAUGUUCUGGAACGCCAUGCUGCGGAAAGGGUGGCGCUGGCGUGAAGAUGACCUCGCUGCUGGAGAUAUGACCAACAUCAUUAAAAUCCACAACAUCAACAACGAGCAGGCUUGGCAGGAGAUCCUCAAAUGGGAGGCCAUGCAUGCAGGUGAAUGUCCAUGUGGGCCUACCUUGAAGAGGUUUGGUGGGAAAGCCAAAGAGUAUUCACCCAGGGCUCGCUUCCGCCACUGGAUGGGCUAUGAGCUGCCUUUUGAUCGCCACGACUGGAUCAUUGACCGCUGCGGGAAGGAGGUGCGCUACGUCAUUGACUACUAUGAUGGUGAGAUCAACAAGGACACCUACCAGUUCUCCAUCCUGGAUGUACGCCCCGCUUUUGACUCCAUAGAAGCCGUCUGGGACCGCAUGAAGGUGGCCUGGUGGCGCUGGACCUCCUAAAGGACUCAUGCACACACGUAGUUUGCUGUGUGAAUUCAAACACACACGCAUACGAGGACUGUGAAACCGGCCGCCCCCACUUAUUUCAGCUCCAUACAAGAAACGUGAUGCUGUAAAAAGAAAAUGUAAACAGGACUCAUGAAGCAAAUGACAUGGACUGAGACUUUGUUAGUGUUAUCAGAACCUCAGGCUAUAUGAAGCUUCAUCUGCUAAUCAUAUUCAAUUCUGUGGAUUUUUGGGUUUGCAUUGCAGAUCUUUAAAACGACAUGUCCAUUUAAGCCAGUGGAAGUGUUCCUCAGACAGAUCACAUGUAUAUUGCACUGCCUGAAGGAACACUCUACCACUUUUCGAAAUGAACUGAAAGUUAAGAGAAAUACCACGUGACAGAUGUGUAAUGUCCUGUGUAGCCUUGGAUGAGCUUUGCCAGGUCUGAGAAAAUGUCCCUCAUGUUAUCAUUGUGACAUCAUUAGGGUUAUUUCAGCUUGGAGACUACAGCAUAGCAAACUGCACAUGCUGAGUUUAAAAUGUGUGGGUCAGAUGGGGAAGGUCGAAAGACACAUGCUGUUGUUUUGUAUUAUGGGAACUGUAGGAUCCAGUACUUUUGGUCUCGUUUUAUACUAGGGACUAAACAUUAGGAUACUGUAUCCUCUUGGAAUCACACAUUGCAUAUAAGGAAUUACAAGACUAAAUUGCUGGACUACCCCUUUAAUUUGAAAGUAGUGAACUGGUGUCCACAUGUUUUAAAUUUUAAAGCUGUGGAGACUUCAUUCUUGUGGUUUAUGCAGACCCCUG